GUGCAAGAGGAGGUGCAAAAUGCAUUCAAACAUCAUGUGCACUCAGUUACCAGUUUGUAAAUUGUGCUGUUUCCUGCAGUAGAAUACUGCCUACAACUCUGACCGAGCCCAAUGUUAGCAGACUAUUUCAGCUUCAUUUCCAUAAUACUUUACCUCAAACAAUUUACACGGGCAGUAGAAUAGAAGCUGAGGGUGGAGUUCCUCUUCAGGUUCUGAUUGUAGAUGUUGUCUCAAAAUCAAUCGUCACUUCUGGUCCUUUCGCAUCAGCCAAAAUUGAGAUUCUCGCUUUGGAUGGAGACUUUGGUGAUGAGGAUGAUUGGUCCGAGAAGCAUUUUGUUGAUAAUAUAGUACGCGAGCGUGAUGGAAAAAGGCCGCUGCUAUCUGGAGAGCUGAUAAUUACGCUGAGCCAAGGAGUUGGAUAUGUUAAUGAUGCUUCUUUCACUGAUAAUUCCAGUUGGAUAAGAAGCAGAAAGUUCAGAUUAGGAGCACGAGUUUGCUCAAGUAAAUUGAUGGAAGGAAGAAUUCGAGAGGCAAAAAGUGAAGCCUUUUUAGUGAAGGAUCAUCGUGGGGAAUGUAAGUUGAUACUUUCAGAAUUAUUAAUAUUCUUAAAUGUAGGAUUUCUGAGAACUCAUUUAAAUGAAAAUUGAGUUUUUAACGCAAAUUACAUUUUCAAUGUACAAAAUGUUGCAUGGACAGACUGAUCAAGCUUGUUCAAAACAUACAUAUAACUCUCACACAGGCACAUAC